GAGUCCGGUUCACGCAAAACACAUUCGUCCUUCUUCAUCUCUCCUCCUCCUCCUCUUCCUCCCUCCUCCUUCUGCCCUCUUUACUAUUAUAUAAAGACGCCUUACUUUCCUUCUUACACCCCCACACCCUUUUCUCUCAUCUCUUUACCAUCACAAAUGGGGUUUCAAUUUCAGCACCAACCCUAGAAUCCAAUCUCCUCCUUCCAUUCCUUUCGUUUCUUUCAAAUGGACAAGCUUAAUUUCCUCAACAAUGGCGUCCUUCGAUUGCCUCCUGGCUUUAGGUUUCACCCAACUGAUGAGGAGCUUGUCGUACAAUACUUAAAGCGAAAGGUACAGUCUCACCCUCUGCCAGCCUCCAUCAUCCCUGAGGCUGAUGUUUGCAGGUCCGAUCCAUGGGAUUUACCAGGGGAUUCGGAGCAAGAGAGAUUCUUCUUUAGCACCAUGGAAAUCAAAUACCCAAAUGGAAAACGAUCCAAUCGCUCCACUCUUUCGGGUUACUGGAAAGCUACUGGUUUGGAUAAGCAAAUCGUUAAUUCUCGAAACAAUCAAGUUGUUGGUACCAAGAAAACUCUGGUUUUCUACCGGGGGAAACCCCCAACCGGGUCUAAAACCGAUUGGAUCAUGCAUGAGUAUCGACUUGUUGCGAACCCUACCCUCAACCCGAGCCAGGAAACUGGAAAGUGGGUGCUUUGCAGAAUUUUCUUGAAGAAAAGAGGCAGAAAUGGUGAGAAGAAAGAGGAAGAAGAGGUUAAGGAUACAAUUGAGAAAACAUCCCCAAUUUUCUAUGAAUUUUUGGCUGGUCCAACUCCAAAAGAUGGUGGUUUGAAUUCAGAAGGAGCUUUAUCAUCCUCUGGUUCAAGUGGGGUUACAAAUGCUUCUCACAUGGCGGUACCAGAUGAAGAUGAAGAGAGCAGUAAAUUAAGAAUCUUGUGAUGAGUUUUUACAGUAGUAAUUAGUGGUAAAAAGUUAUAAGAUUUAGACGAAGGCUGUAAUUGUAAGUUGGAAUGAUGAUGAAAAUCUGCAGUUUUAUUUUGUGUUUGGCU